AUGCUAAGAGCUGGCCUCCGGGACUCCAAGAGCAUUAAUGUCUGCCAAAAAGAGGAGGAGGAGCAGAAAGAGGAGGAGGAGCAGAAAGAGGAGGAGGAGCAGAAAGAGGAGGAGGAGCAGAAAGAGGAGGAGGAGCAGAAAGAGGAGGAGGAGCAGAAAGAGGAGGAGGAGCAGAAAGAGGAGGAGGAGCAGAAAGAGGAGGAGGAGCAGAAAGAGGAGGAGGAGCAGAAAGAGGAGGAGGAGCAGAAAGAGGAGGAGGAGCAGAAAGAGGAGGAGGAGCAGAAAGAGGAGGAGGAGCAGAAAGAGGAGGAGGAGCAGAAAGAGGAGGAGGAGCAGAAAGAGGAGGAGGAGCAGAAAGAGGAGGAGGAGCAGAAAGAGGAGGAGGAGCAGAAAGAGGAGGAGGAGCAGAAAGAGGAGGAGGAGCAGAAAGAGGAGGAGGAGCAGAAAGAGGAGGAGGAGCAGAAAGAGGAGGAGGAGCAGAAAGAGGAGGAGGAGCAGAAAGAGGAGGAGGAGCAGAAAGAGGAGGAGGAGCAGAAAGAGGAGGAGGAGCAGAAAGAGGAGGAGGAGCAGAAAGAGGAGGAGGAGCAGAAAGAGGAGGAGGAGCAGAAAGAGGAGGAGGAGCAGAAAGAGGAGGAGGAGCAGAAAGAGGAGGAGGAGCAGAAAGAGGAGGAGGAGCAGAAAGAGGAGGAGGAGCAGAAAGAGGAGGAGGAGCAGAAAGAGGAGGAGGAGCAGAAAGAGGAGGAGGAGCAGAAAGAGGAGGAGGAGCAGAAAGAGGAGGAGGAGCAGAAAGAGGAGGAGGAGCAGAAAGAGGAGGAGGAGCAGAAAGAGGAGGAGGAGCAGAAAGAGGAGGAGGAGCAGAAAGAGGAGGAGGAGCAGAAAGAGGAGGAGGAGCAGAAAGAAGAGGAGGAGCAGAAAGAAGAGGAGGAGCAGAAAGAAGAGGAGGAGCAGAAAGAAGAGGAGGAGCAGAAAGAAGAGGAGGAGCAGAAAGAAGAGGAGGAGCAGAAAGAAGAGGAGGAGCAGAAAGAAGAGGAGGAGCAGAAAGAAGAGGAGGAGCAGAAAGAAGAGGAGGAGCAGAAAGAAGAGGAGGAGCAGAAAGAAGAGGAGGAGCAGAAAGAAGAGGAGGAGCAGAAAGAAGAGGAGGAGCAGAAAGAAGAGGAGGAGCAGAAAGAAGAGGAGGAGCAGAAAGAAGAGGAGGAGCAGAAGGAAGAGGAGGAGCAGAAGGAAGAGGAGGAGCAGAAGGAAGAGGAGGAGCAGAAAGAAGAGGAGGAGCAGAAAGAAGAGGAGGAGCAGAAAGAAGAGGAGGAGCAGAAAGAAGAGGAGGAGCAGAAAGAAGAGGAGGAGCAGAAAGAAGAGGAGGAGCAGAAAGAAGAGGAGGAGCAGAAAGAAGAGGAGGAGCAGAAAGAAGAGGAGGAGCAGAAAGAAGAGGAGGAGCAGAAAGAAGAGGAGGAGCAGAAAGAAGAGGAGGAGCAGAAAGAAGAGGAGGAGCAGAAAGAAGAGGAGGAGCAGAAAGAAGAGGAGGAGCAGAAAGAAGAGGAGGAGCAGAAAGAAGAGGAGGAGCAGAAAGAAGAGGAGGAGCAGAAAGAAGAGGAGGAGCAGAAAGAAGAGGAGGAGCAGAAAGAAGAGGAGGAGGAGGAGGAGGAGGCAGAGCACAUGAAAGGCACAGGAGGAGGAGGAGGAGGAGGAGGAGGAGGAGGAGGAGGAGGAGGAGGAGGAGGAGCUGAAGAUAAAGAGGCUAAGGAACUAAGGGCAGAGAUAAUUAUAAGUAAGUGGAUGAUAUCACUGUUAACAAUGAAGAGUAAAACACGGAGGAAUGUGAUGGCGCAGAGGAAACUGACGAACAACAUGGAAGUGUUACCUGGGAGGCCGCCAGCGGCGGCGGCGCGGCUACAUCCCGCGGGCGGGCCCGAGCGAGGCGCACUGCCCCAGCAGCACCAGGUCCGCUGCCAGCAGCUCGCACUGCGCAUGCGCCGGGCGGCCGCCAAUCUCGACCCCUCGUCGCUGCAGCGACUGCAGCGGUUCAGCGUGGCACACUGCCGGCGCACCCUGUCCUUGGACCACAACACGACCCGCAGCAGGUGUUUGCCGGACCAGCCGCGGACAGCGGACCUCUGGUGUUGCGUGUGGCCGCAGGGCGCGGACGGCGCCAACUGUCGCACAAUUAGGACCGUCCACACCACCCAGGCCUUUGUCGGGACCGCAAUUUUCUGUCCCGCCGCAAACCACACAACACCACGGGAUCCGCAGCUGCUCACAGCUGCUCUCAACCAAAAUUGGAGACAAGUGCCUGAUGACACAGGCUCGCGCGGCCUUCUGAAACAGGUGGAUCCAAGGUCGAACCGAGAAGACAAAGACACAACGAGACCUGCACGUGGGGAGCAGACAAACUUGGUUUCAACUGAUCAGUACGUGUUAGGGAGACGGGCGGCGAGGUUGGGAUUUUUUGUGCGGCAGGUGGCGGGCGCUGUUUACGGAAAUUACAGGCCGGCGAUCGGGCAGCGGGGAGCGCGGAGCGUGCAGCGACUCAGCCCUGGCGCCGGCCGAGCGGCCGCGGGCUUGAAAGACGCCGCCAGCCGUCAGCUGGCCGCACCGACAAAGGCGACCACAGGUAACUGCCGGCGGGCAGCCGAAACCCUGAACCUGCGUGCUGCCUUAUCACUGCGCGAGAGAGGCGGCGGAUGUCCAUCAGCGGAACGAAGAUACAUCGCGCGGGUGCGCACGCACACGCACUUUAACAAAUACACUAGAUUUUCAGAAAUUUGUGUCUGCCCUGACCACCACCACCACCACCACCACCACCACCACCACCACGCGUGGACUUGA